CGAUCUCCUGUAUUAUGCUUCAGUGGUGAAGAAGAUGCACCUGCUCCUGUGUCUGCUUGUUCUUUCCCAUCUGCCACUCUCAGGUGGCGUGCAGAGUGGCAUCUUUGGGGGUGGUGAGGCCAAGCCCCACUCCAGACCCUACAUGGCCUCACUGCAGUAUGGGGGACACCACGUGUGUGGAGGGAUACUGAUCAGGGAGGACUUCGUACUGACUGCUGCACACUGUUAUAAGUUCAAGCUGCAGGAGGUGGUUCUGGGAGGCCAUAACAUCACAGAGAGGGAGGCCAGCCAGCAGCGGAUCCAGCUGGAGGAGAAGGACUUCCACACACACCCUCAGUUCAAACAUCCCAACCAGUUUCACUUCGACAUCAUGCUGCUCAAGCUGAAGCCCAAAGCUGAGCUGAAUGAGUACGUGCAGGUGCUGGAGCUGCCCAGGAGGUUUGGGAAGAUCCCAGCCCGGCUGCAGUGUGAGGUGGCUGGGUGGGGGAGGAGGGUCCUGGGGAGGAGAGCGGAGAGUGUGCUGUACGAGGCUAACGUCACGCUGGCCAGCAGCAGGGACUGCAGGAACAUCGCAGGGAACUACUUCAAUGUGGACCAGAUGGCCUGCAGCUUCUCCAAGGGGACGGACGGCUUCUGUCAGGGGGACUCAGGAGGGCCCCUUGUGUGUCGCCAUAACAACAAACAUGUUCUGUUUGGAGUGGACGUGUACACUGGAAGCCCCUGUGACACUCCUGACUACCCUCAGGUCUACACAAGCGUGGCCUACUUCCUGCCCUGGAUUAGAGAGGAGCUGCAUGCGAAGAACUAUGGAAACCAUAAUGUAACUAUGGAAACCAUAAUAUAA